AUGGACACGAGCCGUGUGCAGCCCAUCAAGUUGGCCAGGGUCACCAAAGUUCUGGGCAGGACCGGCUCGCAGGGACAGUGCACACAGGUGCGCGUGGAGUUCAUGGACGACACGAGCCGCUCCAUCAUCCGCAACGUGAAAGGCCCCGUGCGCGAGGGCGACGUGCUCACCCUAUUGGAGUCAGAGCGAGAAGCUCGGAGGUUACGCUGAACUUGGAGUUGGGUCCUG